AUGCUGCCAUCUAAGAACCUCAUGAGAUACCAAGCUAACCAAAUGGAGCAUUCUUUACAUAGGAAAGCACUACGUAAUGAAUUCAUAGUGGCUUUUAUGCAACCAUUUGGAGGGAUGAAGGAGUUGCACCAAAAUUUGGAUAUUACUGCAAUCAGUGAGUUAAGUAGCUGGAACCGAAUGCAAAAGGACGAAGACGUUUACAACUUUUUCGAGCCCGAGUUGAUCAAGAAAACUAAGUCGCCUCCUUCUUCAGGUAGUGACUCCCCCAAGAAGUUUGUUUCUUUGUAUCUUUUUGUCACUAUCUUCCCUCUAUUCCCUAAUGGAUUUAUAAACUUUUUCCUCAAGAAUCUUUCUUGUGUUAGAAGCUAA